CGGAAGUUUAGUCAGAUCCAAUAUGGCGCCCGUGCACAAGUGUCAUCUCUAAACUGCUCUCGAGUAAACAUUAGGGUGUUUUGAAUGCAAGCCAGGGUUGACGCUGUUCUCUGUGGACAUUUUUUUUUGUAAACCGUCAACAUGGGUUUUAAAUAGCAUUCACUGCAGUCUGUGACGGAGGUGUUAAUUUGGAGCGGCGGCGCACAAAGGCAGGAAGAAGAAAGAAGCGUCCGCUGUGACUCAUCCUGCAAGCAUCAGCCAUGUCUCUGGGCGAGCACACGUCGGAAUCCGCGCCGUUCUUCUCCGACGACAGCGAGGCGGAGGGUCAGGACGAGAGAGGCACCGGCGAUGGUGUGGCUCAGCAGACGCAAGAGGAGUCGGCCAGCGGGGUGUCCAGAGUGCGCGCGCUGCUGACUGUUUUCACCCUCUGCUACAUCAACCUGCUCAACUACAUGGACAGGUUCACUGUGGCAGGUGUUCUCCCCGACAUUGAACAAUAUUUUGGGAUCGAUGAUAGCAAGUCUGGCUUACUCCAAACAGUUUUCAUCUGCAGUUACAUGUUCCUGGCUCCUGUCUUUGGCUACCUUGGCGACAGGUACAACAGGAAGAUUAUCAUGAGCUUUGGCAUCACUUUCUGGUCUCUGGUGACGCUUGCCAGCUCCUACACCCCCAAAGAACAUUUCUGGGCCUUGCUGUUGACGCGAGGCCUGGUUGGUGUCGGAGAGGCCAGUUACUCCACCAUCGCUCCUACUAUCAUAGCUGACCUCUAUGUGAAGGGAAAGAGGACAAAUAUGCUCUCCAUUUUUUAUUUUGCAAUCCCUUUCGGCAGCGGUCUUGGAUACAUCGUGGGCUCACAAGUCGGAAAUCUAGCACAGGACUGGCACUGGGCUCUACGGGUGACCCCGGGGUUGGGACUGAUCGCGGUGGUGCUUCUGCUGCUUGUGGUCAAGGAGCCCAAAAGAGGAGCCAUCGAAGUUCGACCGGAGCACCAGCUGCACCAGACCAGCUGGCUGAAGGACCUGCAAGCUCUGAGCAAAAACUACAGCUUCGUAUUGUCCACCUUUGGCUUCACAGCGGUGGCGUUUGUCACCGGCUCUCUGGCUCUUUGGGCGCCAACGUUCCUCUUCAGAGCAGCUGUGUUCAACGGGGAAAGGGCGCCCUGUGUGGAGGGAAACUGCGCCUCCUCUGACAGUCUGAUUUUCGGGGCCAUCACCUGCGUCUCAGGCGUGCUGGGUGUGGCCAGCGGUGUGCAGGUGAGUCGGCAGCUAAGGAAAAGGACGGCCAGAGCUGACCCGCUGGUCUGUGCCGCUGGUCUGCUCCUCUCAGCACCUUUCCUCUACAUGGCCAUUGUCUUCGCUCAGGACAGCACCAUCGCCACAUAUGUCUUCAUUUUCCUCGGAGAGACGUUCCUGUCCAUGAACUGGGCCAUCGUGGCCGACAUCCUGCUGUACGUGGUCGUUCCCACUCGUCGCUCCACGGCCGAGGCUCUGCAGAUCGUCAUCUCACAUCUGCUGGGAGACGCAGGAAGUCCGUACCUGAUUGGAGUGGUCUCGGACUCCCUGAGGAAGACGGACUCGUUCCUGUGGCAGUUCAGAUCCCUGCAGCUCUCGUUGCUGCUCUGCGCCUUCGUAGCCGUGGUGGGCGGGGCUUUCUUCCUCGCCACAGCACUCUACAUCGAACAAGACCGCAACCGUGCCGAGAACUACGUCCCUAUAGAGGAGGAUACCUGUGCAGACAAUUCGUCUCCCAGCUGAAACCCCAUGAAUGCGGAAAUCCUGAGAUGACGAGCCGAUCGUUGUACCAAAAAGCGGCCGGUCCACUCGGGUCCCGGUCUCCAGCGUUCUGAUCUGAUGAAGGUUCCGGUCCAGCAUCCUCCUGUGGUUAUCUUUUAAUUUAAUAUUUUCAGGACUGUGAUCACUCAUGAGAUAUCUGCCAUGCAGAGAGAUUUUAUCGAGGCUUUUAUUUUUUAAAAAUUUUGGACUUUACUUUUUAUACUUUAUACUCUACCAAGCCCCGGAUCAUGCCGCCAGUCUUUGGAGACAUUUUUGUCUCCAGAUCUAAGUUUUCUUUGCUACGACUUUGAAAUAUUUUAAGAAGAGCGGAGGAAAAAAAAAACGAGCACAAGAGACUCUCUGAGGAGAAGCACCAAACACUGCUCCGUGGGACCUGACCGUUUCCAUUCUGAUCAAUAUUUUGUUUUAACUUUUAGCAGGAAAAACAGGAUCUGGGAUCCAGUCCCAGCAUGGUCCACAUCCUCUGUUAAACCAAAACAUUACUGUACUCCCAAAACCUCCAGCAAUUUAAAAACAGGACACUUUUAUUCAUCAGUAUUCAUAACCAUGCAUUUGUAUCCGCUACUUUGAAUAAUAACACUAACCUUCUUACAGUUAAGAAAGACGCAGAACAACAACCACAAAAUGAAACAGUUAUCAGAGCUUUUUAUUCAUCUGUUUAUUUUACGUUUUCUAGAACUACCGCUGGUUUUAAUCCUGGUGUUAGUUUUAGAUGUUUUCAGCGUUGAAGAGAUGUUGGGAUGUUUUUACUUUCUCACAGGUCGGUUUCUGUUUUUUUUCUUUGUGUCAGAUUGCAGCUUCACCAAGUCAUCUUGUUUUUAUUUCUGCAGGUAGAGCACAAACUGCAGGAAAUAUCAGAAUAUUUUAAAUCAAUGUUAUUAAUCAAAGUUGUUAACUUCAAAUUAUUUUAGCUAAUAUUUUUUGAGAGCUAUUAAAGGUGAAUUAACUUGU